AUGUCGUUCGUUCCACGGCUCAUUUUGGCGUUGCUACUAUGGCGACUAGCAUGGAGACUAGUGUACCAGCUAGUGGGCAUAUACAUCAGCUACGUGACCAUAAAUAAUGGCAUUCUGUUCAAUGGCGUGAAGCUACGACGCAAGGCUCUUGUCACUGCGUCUUCUGUUCGCUUCCGGCUCUGGGGUAAUACCCGGAAGAUCAUCAUCAGUGACUUGAAGAUUGAGCUACCAGAUUCUCCCUCUGGCAGCGUGAAAAACACGGCUGUAUCAUCUAGCCUUCCCUUGCAGGACUUGGAAUUGUCGAUUCUCCCGAAAAACCGCAUCGCGAAGGCCGCUUUGAAGCUCGUCUUGAAGGUUCUUCCCAAAUUCGACAUCGACGUCAGAUCGUGCGACAUUUCAAAGGGCCAAACUCACGUCCUGAUAGCAUCUAUUCAAUUCAUCGGACGCCUAGAACGCAACCACAACUUGAAGAAUGGCUACCGCUUGUCUGCCAAUACCACUUUCAUUCGUUUCUCGAUUGUUCUUGGGAACCAGCAACAGCUGGACCCGAAAAUAUCUUUCGGCUCGCUCAGUCUCCUCACUUCAUGUUCCUUGUGUGCUGAUACCGGCUUCCUCCGCGAUGGCACAUGUCGAGCCAGCAUCGUCGACUCACAGGUGGCCGUGUUUGACUUGAUUAAAAUUCUCGGAUCUAAUGAGCCCAAAGACUCACCGAGAGUAUCAGAACCAAUAGAUCAAUCUCGUAGGAAUCGCCACAUCUCGAAGUUGCACAAUCUUUUGUUCCGCACCUUUGAGGAAGUCUCCAUUACUGUUGCUAAUCUGAAACUCAAGGAGCUCCCGAUCUUACCGGCGUCUCAAAACUAUAGUCUCCAGGAUUACCUUGUACAAGAGCAACCAAAUAAUUCAUUUCAAAUUGCUGUCAAGUCUAUGGCGAUACACUUAACAAAGAUACGCGAAACCACCGCUGGGUUUGAGGUUUUGUUCAAUUCGAGUGACGAAUUUCCAUUCAAACUCACCCUUUCAUCGCUGAUUCUUGAAUUUACCUUCGUUACCAUAAAUCAAGAAAACAAUUGCGUGGAUACGAAAGAAUUUCUCACCAUACCAAAUUUCAAUUGCACUUUCAAAACCAACAUCCCAGGAAAUCUUAUGAACAACACCAGUCUUCAAUCUGGUGCCCUAGAGCUAUUCUGUUCCUGCAGCAGUCCAAUCCUAGACCUUGAUGUUGAACAGUUGGCCCUAUUGUCGUUCAAUUAUGUGGCGAUCAAAAAGAUAUUAAGGCUACAUAAAUUAUCGAAGCAUAAAAGAAGUAUUGCGUCUGACAAUUCCGAGUCUCUGGAAGCCUCAGGUAGUGAAGACGAUGACUUUACACAUGUUGAUAGCAACAACAAUUCGAUCGGACACGCAUACAAGGAUACACAAGGUGAGCCGAACUCCUUCGAGCGUCUUCUUAAUGGAGUUUACGAUAUACUCGAUGAAUGUUACCCGCAAGUCAACAUUAAACUCACAAUUGAACAGCCAAGAACCUUACUCUCCUGCUAUGAUACUACUGACGAUAAGCUUCAAUUCUUGAUGCUCUCUUACUCUAUGAUGAUACUUCAGGUUCUGUCUGUAAGCCAUCAGGAAUAUGAUACCAAGUGUCAUGUUCUUCACCCCUGCAUGUCUUUCAACCAAAAGCUCAAAAACUCAGAAGAGCUUGAAUGUAUGAGCCAAGAGUUUUGUGGCUUAUCUGAAAUAAAACUCAGUUGUAGAGUGAUGAAGAAUUUCAAGUGCAAGCCCGUCCUUGAACUUCACGGUGCCCAUUUGAAUUUGACUAGACCAAAAGUUCUUCGCGGAUUGAAUCACUUGUUGAACGAAACCGCUAAGUUGGUCGCUCUUUAUUCGAAACACGGUCAAAUUAAUAAACAACUUGAUGGUGAAUUAGUGAAGGAACGUGACCACUUGUACCGAGCAAAGUUAGCUGGAUCUUACCAGAAACCGUUCUCCAUCGAAUCGGUGUUCACUUACAUUCCCGCCUGGCUAGUUUCUGCGACAAUCAAACUCAUUGACACCGACGUAUGGUUAGGAUCAGCGUCACCAUUCUUGCAGCCCCAAGAUUUCGUUUCUGCAUUCUUCCCUGACGACGAUACAAUGAGUGAGACCGAAUACAAAACUCAUUUUCACAUUACAAGUGUCAAAGUUCAACUUGAAGGUCCAGAAUGUGAGAGUGUUGAUUAUACGUCUUCAGCUACAACAAUAUCGCUGGAAACCAUUAACGCUGAAGUUGAUCUUCAUACCUUUUGGAAGUCCACCAUUUCUGUAAAUGAAGCUAUGUUAGCUAUCACCAAUGAUAAUUGCGCCAAAACGUCACUGGUAUUGGAGCUUCCUUCUAUUACUGCCAUGUUCAAAGCAGUUACGGAGGAUUCGGAAAAUUUCAUACUUGUCGAUGUCAAUUCGGAAGAGCUCAAUAUAUUGUUUGACAAGCAAAAAGCGUUUGCUUUGUUUGGUCUGGUGCACCUCAUUAAACACACGCUUGUAAAGCCAUUGCAGAGACUCAUGCGGAAAUUAAAAAAGAGUUCCAAAGCUUUGAACUUACACCUGCCACAGAGACUGGAAACGCCCGUCCACGAGCUAAUCAAGUCUAAACUUCUGAUUCAUAGUGUGAACGUUGUUGUUGGACUUUUCGACAAUUUCAAAGUUCGUCUUCAAUCAUUUGAUUUGUGUUUGGGUCAAAUUGGCUUGGCAUAUUCAAUCCAGUCUCUGUUUUUGCGAGUACUCAUUUCAUCUUCAGUACAAUCUGGCCUCUGGGAUCGCGUGUUAUGUGUUGACACAUUGUCUUGCAAGAUUGGUGACCCAGGUGAUCUGGAACCAUGUGUUAUUGAUACUCCCUCAAUCAGGAUCAUACAGCCUCAUAAAUUUGUUGUUUACAAGCUAUUUGAUUCCCUCUCGGACUUCAUAAAGGUCAUCAAGCACCUUUCUAGAGCAAUAUCAGAAAAGGUGCAUGGAACUACCAUCUACUCCAAAGAGUCUGAGCCCUUGAAUGUUCCACCAAUCAAACUCAAAUCCAAUAAAAUUACAUUUUUGAUGGAAGAUGAUCCCUUCGAAUCCGAGCUUACUAUGAUCUUCCAAUUGGGUCUUGUGGAACAAAGAAAAAGACUUGAGUUAUUGAACUUACAUGAGCAAAAUCUCACUGGAAUCCAUGACAAUGAAAACACAAUCGAGGAGCGCCUUCAGGUCUUAUAUAAGACAAUGGAAGCACUGUGGAUUAGGAAGGUCAAAACUUACAAACAUACUGUUCUAGCCCAAAUUGAAAAGAACAAGUCUUAUUUAUUUGGAAAAGAGUCAGAAGUGUCAAAGGAAGAUAAUUUGCGGAUACGCUCUUAUCAAAGAGCACCACCCUUACUUCAUAUCAUACUCACUGGGGUGGAUUUGAGUAUCUCGCUGCCCCGAUUUGCUCAAAAAGACCUUGCCCAAUUCAUUUAUGACAAUGGUCAAGGCGUCCCCAAAUCUACGACUUACAAUCUAUUGAUACCUACUUUUGUGCGACUUGCGGUUGAGGAGCUAAGGUUCCAUCUUCGUGACUAUCCUCUUCCAAUGUUGUACUUGCCGCAUAUGAUUGACUCUACUGGAAAAGGAAGAGCGCUUCUUUUGCAUGGAAAUUUAAUCAUCAGUGAAGCAAUGGCAACCCAGGACUACAGUCUCCGAAGAAUUGAAGUUCAAUUGGCUGAAUUUUCGAGAACUAGUCGUCGCAAGACUGACGAGUACGGAAAGGUGAUUAUCAUGAAAUCUUUGGCUCCUGUGAAGCUAUACACUGAUAUGGAUAUUCUUUUUGAUUCUGAGCAGCCCUCACGAUUUGUGUGGGGCCAGUCGUAUCAAUUUGGUAUUCAGCAAGUGAUGUUGAAGUUUGAUCAAUUCUCUAAGCCCCCAAUUGAUCCUUCUCCAAAGUUGGGAUUCUGGGACAAGUUGCGUUUAAUCAUGCACGGCCAUGUGACUGUCAAAUUUGGUCGCAGAGCGAGCUUAGAAGUCGCUUUUAAGGGUGGAAGAGAUCCGUACAAUGUGUUCGGAGACUCCACGGGCUUUAUAUUGAGAUUCAAAGAAUCAGUUGAAUGGAAAAUCAACGAAAACGACAAUUCUCUCGAGUUUUUUGAUGUGUCUGCUAGAAAGGUAUCUUGGUAUAUUCCAAACUACUUAGCAACGCCAUUAGUUUGCUGGUGUAGGGAAAGCUCCAAGUACACGUUUUUGCCAGCUUCCAAAGAAAUCGUCACUUCAAGUUUUGGGUAUUAUUUACUAGAUGAGGUCACAUACUCGGAUGAGAAUGUUAGAGAAGAUGCUUGUGAAAAGAAGGUUGUUGUUCUAAGUGGUGGAGUAAACCUCAAAGUCGGUUUCUUACUCCAAAGAGAAAGUCCCGAGAACAAGAUUAGUGAAGUUAGCAUCCCGCAUUAUGAAAUUAAUCAGUGUGAUCCGUCUUUUGCGAAGAAAGGCCACGAUUCUUACGAAGGAUUUCGUUCGUCGCGUCUUCAUAUGGCCAUUUCUCUCGUCGCACAUACUGACGAAAGUUACAACACAAUCCACCUUUCACCUAUGACAUUUCGCCAUUUCUUUGCCUGGUGGCAUUUGUUUGCUGGUAAUUUAAUGCUUCCAGUUCGGAGAGGAAAGUUAUUCGGUGAAGAACAGAAGAAAACCAAAUUCUCUGAGAAUUUGUACACCAACAAAUUCUUAUUUCACCUCAAAAACUUGUUCAUUGGCCAUGUCUACCGAAGUGAAGACUUGACUGUCACCACAACCAAGGAUGAAUUUGAAUGUGUUGGGCUACGUGCAAAGGUCGACGACUUUUUGGUGGACCUCCAUCAAAGAAAGGAACAGGUGAUUGAUGUGAACGAAGACUUGUCGCGUAGAAACAAGAUCAUGAAAAUGCUUUUCAAUCUAGGAGAAGUUGUUCUCUCGAAGAUCGAUUUGAGAACAUUGCACGCCAUUUUUAAACAAGAAGUCUAUUCGACUGGCAAACAAACACUGGCUAAAGAUCGACAAGGCACUAGCAAAAUCUUCGAUAAAGAUAAACGCUGGUAUGACUAUCGCGACUAUUUGGAAGCUUUCACACCUUCCCUGACGACUGUUUUAAAAGCUGCAGAGAUCGAGCCUUUACUCUACUCGGAGAAAUUCUCGUACAUCCGCGAUUCAAGUGACGGCAAAGACAAUCUUGACUGGGGACACGAGAAUACUCACGAGUGUAUGCUCAACACUACAGAUAUCUAUACUACUCAAAUUCAAGAGUACUCCAAUAGGAUUGAGGAGUUGAAGCGUAUUGAAACCAAUCACAGAGAUAAAGGGUCGAAAAAGAGAUUGAUUCAAAGCAUAGAUUGCCUUAACAAGCUCAUCAGCGAGUGCAAACUACAAAGGCGGAAGAGUGUUCGCAGAGAUAGCGUAGCUACUGUUGAGACAGUCAAAGAGAACUUCCAUAAUCGUUUCGUGCUAAUUUCCAUGUUUCUCAAAUGGAACGAAGAUGUGCGCAAUCAGUUCAUGAAGUAUUUGCAUUUUGUCCAGUUGAAUAGUCGCUUUAAGAAGUACCUCUCGUACGGAUUAAUUAGCAUGCUCGAAGAUGUUAUCGAUGGCAAUGAUACUAUUGCUGACACAUUUUCCUUAGCCACAUCUCUCGAUCCUCAAGCGAGAAAAAGAUCAUUUGACAAUCUCAUUGGUAGCAAAGAUGACUGCAAAGAUCGAUUGAAAAAUUUUGAAUCAAUUGUUCGUGAGGUUCGCGAGAAAGAGAAGAUUCUCGAGGAUUUCCGUGUUGAAAUAAUCUCUCCUCAAAUUCAACUACAUACAAAGGAGUUUGAUGAUUCUGUUGUUCUCAUCACUGCACCUAUACUCGAGUCGAAGAUUUUCUCAGUUGUGAUGGAAAAAGAAAAAGACUCCAAUGCGAAUGUUUUGGAAACAAGAUACGGAUGUCUUCUUCAUGACGCAAGUGUCUUGGUUUUUGAGAAGAAUGUAUCCAGCGAUUCAUUGUGCUUCGAAGAAAAACCAUAUGGAACAACAACAAAUUGGCCUCCUUUCUUGGGUAUUGAGACAUGCAAGACGUUAAGAGAUUCCCUCAAGAAUCAGACUUUAAUUGACAGAAUGUCUUUAAUGUUGACCUAUGAUGAAAUUCAUGCUCUGGGAAUGAACAUUGAGCAGAUGGAGGGAGUGUCUGAGUCCGAGAGCCAGCAAUAUGAUCAAGUCAAGUCCUUUGGAAAUCGUCUCAGAAUUGAUGUUCCCGAGUUAGUCAUUAGAAGUACCUCCAAGCAGUAUUUCACCUUAUACGUGACUGUUCUCAGUCUUUUAUUAUACCUUGAACCGCUUACCGUUGAGCUUCGCGAGAAAGUCCUGAAAUUGAAAUUCUCGAUCAAUUUUGAGGAUUUCAACGCAGUUCAUGAUCGUUUGAGAGGGCUUCAUGAAUACUUAGCCAUCACGAAGACUCUUCUCAACAAUUACAGUUUCCGUCACGACGGAUACUUGGAUAACGAGGCUCUUAACGACUAUCUCCACCUCAUGGAUCAAAAGUCAGAACUAUCUGCAGAAAUCUUGUUGACCUUACAGACUCUCUUCACUGGAGAUAUCUUCAACAAAUCGGAAUCCAGUGAUGUAGAGAAUUGGCAAAUUGCGGCAGAUAAGAUCACCCUUCAUAUGCUAGAGGAUGAUCGCAAUCCAAUCCUAGACCUUAUUCUCGAGCGAGGGGUAUUCAAAAGACUAGUCAAUGACGAUGGGUCCAAUGAUAACUGUAUCGAAAUACAGAAUAUCAAAGGUGUCACGCUUCUUCCUGAUGCUUACUAUGAGACAUUCUUGCAGCUGUUGUCUCAAUCAAAUGAUGACCUUGUUAAAGUCAGCUGGUCGAUGAGCCGGCCUAUCGGAGGCAUCAAAGUGAUGGACAAUUUUGAGAUUCAAUCUAAUCCAUUGAACGUGAGAGUUGACGAGGAAACUGGACGUCUGUUGAUGAAGUUUAUUUUCUACACAGAAGAUGGCGAGUUAAACGAAAGUCCAAUCCUUAAAAUCGCAGAUCAGACCGAUUUAGAGAACUUUGGUAAUGAUGUUUGUGACGAUGAAGAAGAUGCGGGAGAUCUAGUCUCUAAGAAUAGUAGCAAAGAAGAUUUGAGGAGAAAUGAUUCUAUUUCAAGCAAGAAGACGAAAAUUGGCAGUUCCAAAACACCGUCAAUAAGCUCGCCUCUCAACAAAUCAGCCGAAUACAAUGCGGAGGUCGAGCUAAUGCUUUCCAGAUCCAAGAAGUACAUGAGUAUUGUUCGGAUGGUCUCACGUUCAUUUGAGAUUCUGAUUUCUUUGCACAUGAAAAGUGGAAUCAAAAAAUGGCUCAAUGUGACAGAUUUCCUUUUGGUGUUGCCUGAAUGGGAAAUCGAAAGAAAAGUGAUUUCACUUUUGGAUGUGGCAAACAUGUUCAAAAAAUUGGUGAUCAAAACGCUAGUACAGCAUUCUGGUCGGCUUCUUAAGAAUAAGUUCAGUUCGAUGCUGGCAAACCGUAAGAGGCUCAGCGAGAGAUUAUUACAUCCAGAUUCAAAAAAGGCUCACACCGUUAAGCUUGUGGAGGUCGACAACGAUACCGACUCUAUCAUCAUGGAGGAGUCAGAGUAG